UUCAUCAGAGACGAGAAGAUCACUUUGGUGAUAAUCAUAUAGUGAUAAGGUUUUUCAUUAUCAAUGGCCCAAAGGAUUUCCUCCAUCAAAGAGCAUACUGGGAAAAGAGAAACAAAAGAAAGAACAACGAGUGCAAAUCCUGUUGUGUUCCCUCGUGUGAAAACCCUAAUUCUGGACGAGUUGCCAAAAUUUACUGGGUCGUCCUCCAGCAGGGAUGGUGUUCGUGGUGUUAAAUGGCUUGAGUUGGAUACGGUGGAAGUUUCUUCCUGUCCCAACAUUGGCAAGUCAAUGUUGGGAAAGGUGGACAGAUCUCUUUUGAAGAAAGUCACUGUGAAAAACUGCCAGCCAUGGGCUCUUGAAGAUCUUGAGAGCAACAUCGGUCAUCUCUUUGAGUUAACUGAUGAAAUCUCCAAACUUGAAAAUUUAAGGAUCGAUGACUCCAAGGAGUUGCAGAAAUAUAUGAAAAUGGAGCUUCAUGAUUCAUCUUUCAGGCAACUGAAAACUGUAGAGGCCUUCCAUUGCGACAAUGAGUUGAACAAAUUUUUGUCCAUUUUGCUUCGCCGGUCGAGUAAGCUUGAGCGACUGACAGUGGAACGGUGCGACCUGCUGGAACAGGUUUUCGAUCUCACAGGAAUUGCUGCUGAAGAAGGAAAUCUGAAAUUCCCAAAUUUGCAGACAAUGCGAUUGUUUUCGUUACCUAAUUUGAAAUGCAUAUGGAACAGGGGUCCGCUUUCGAUUGUUUUGCUGGAAAAACUUGUUCUUCCUAAGGAAUUGAAUAUAGAGUCAUGUAAGACGCUGGAACACGUCGUACAGGACAACGAGGAAAGGCAGGAGAGAUCAUUUCAUAGUUUAGAGGAUCUUUCUCUUGCAGACCUCCCAGAGUUGACCAAGUUCAGCUCAGCGAAUUGCAAUGUCAGAUUUCCUAAUCUACUGAGAUUGACGAUAAAAAGGUGUCCCAAAUUGACUGAAUUUACUACCGAACUUUUAAGCAACCAGAAGCCAACCAUUGAAGGGACAUCUAGUGGUGUGCCGCAGAAAGAGAUGAUGCACGCAUGCCCUAAAUUGGAGAGGUUGAUGCUGGAAGGCCCGGAAUUGUCGAGCCUGGAAGUGGUUUCUUUGGGCAAAUUGAGCUAUAUGAGGAUUGCAGGGUCAAACAAGUUGAAUAAACUGGUUGUAAGGAAUUGCAGUUCUCUUGGACGCCUGGAACUGCCCACAAAAUGCGUGAAUCUAAAAGAUGUUGAGAUUUCUGACUGUAACAUUUUGGAACAGAUUGCCACUGACCGUGUAGAAGGAGGAAAAAGGGACGAGAAAACUUCGAGUCCUUUAGAAUCUAUUGUUCUUGAAAAUCUACCGAAGCUUUCAUUCUCGUCCUCGGAGACGCCUGAAUUUCCAUCACUCAAAAAACUGAGAAUAAUCAACUGUCCUGAGGUUGGGACAUCGUCAGGGAGCAUUUCUCGUAAAGCAGCAGCAGAUCACUCACUGGACAAGAGGAGUUUAGCACGUGUGUUAUUUGACGACGUAAAGGAAGAGGGUAAAAUGAAAAUGUUAGAAUUACUGGAGUUGGCUAAUUUACCCAAUAAGCAGCUGUGGAAGCAGGAACCUAAGUUUCCAGUGUUCCAAAGUCUGGCCGAUCUUAAAAUCAUGCGUUGUGGAAUCAUGGAAAAAUUAUUUUCCAUUCCGGUGGCCGAACACCUUUCACGUCUGAGAUUGCUAUCAUUAUAUGAAUGUGAAAAUAUGGUUCAAGUUCUUGGAGGUGGAGGAGCAAAUAGUAAACGAGUGUUCCAGAAGUUGGAGACACUUGUGCUUAAACAUAUGCCAACACUCACCAGUUUCUGUGAAGAUGAUGUUGAUUUUGGUGAAUUGCCAGAGUUAAAGAUGGUUAGAGUGGAGGAUGUUCCAAAAAUGAGCACGUUUGUGAAGCAGCCUCUCAGAACUCCAAAAUUGAAACAAGUUUAUGUGACACAUAUUAAGAAAUGCUGGCUACAAAACCUGAACGAGACAAUAGAACACUUGCACAGAAAUCAUGAUAAACUUAGAAGGGAGGUCUGGAAAACUGGUAUUGCCAGACUAAUUGAAACCGACAGCCUCAAAUGUUAUGCAGACGAAGCUGAAAAAAGCUCGUCACAGGGCAAGUUCGGGAUUAAGGAAGCAGAAGCAGAGAUGGAAUUGCAUGAAGGCGUGCACAGGAAAUCAUAUGAAGAAAACAAAAAAGAGAUCGAAGAAGAACGAUGA